UUAAUCACCUUUUGGGUUUUUUAUUUUUUGCUAAACAAACCAAGAACUGAAAAUUUAAUAAAAAAAAUUUUCUUAGUUUUUGUUAUAAAAUUUUGUAAAUUUUGAUUUUUCUCAUUCACUGAUGUGUGCUAAUGAGGCUGCAGUGAUGGACACUCAUAGGCUGCACUGAUAGGCACUGAUAUGUGGCAUUGAUGAGGCACUGAUGGGCACUAGCAGGUGGCAUUGAUGAGCACUGGCAGG